AUGGGUCUGAGAAAGCGACAGGGAAGCUUUAAUAUCCACCAAGACCCCAUCUCGCUUCGUUCUCCUUUCAAGAGAGCACAGUUGGCUGAUUACGACCGCAAGCGCAUCAUGGAGGUCCUGGGCGUCGCGGCCAACAUCGCGGCCAUCAUACAGAUCGCUGACAGGGUCAUCGAGCUCUGCAGGUACUAUAUCGGCAGCGCUACAGACGCGCCGUCGGACCUGCGGGUGAUGCUCCUUGAGACAUCAUCUAUGAGAGCGGUAUUGGAUAAUCUGAGAUUCUUGCAGGAUAGUGGCCACUGCCCCGAAAUUAUCAAGGAUUUGGAGAAGUCGGGAGGUCCGGUUCAAGGAUGUCAGACCGUGAUCGCCGAGUUCGAGCGUCUGCUGCCACGGAGGGCUGAUCCCACAAAUGGGAGUACAAAGCGCAGAUUUGAGGACAUGAUGAAGAUUCUAGCAUGGCCUCUCAAAGAGUCGAAAGCUCGAAAGCUACUGAGGGAGUUAUCAAGCUACAAGGCAACAAUUGAAUUCGCCCUGACGACGGACAUUACGCAAGGUGUCAAGGAGAUCAAGCAUACAACCCAAGCAAUACAGGACACAUUGACAGAUGUUCAGCAACAGCAGGUGUACGAAUGGCUUCGGGAUACCGAUCCUUCUGACCUGCAUGACAUAGCUUGUAGCCAGUACGAGUAUGGUACAGGUGACUGGAUCCUGCAACACGAAAAUUGGACUGAGUGGAGAGCUGGAAAGUCACGAUGUCUCUGGAUCCACGGCAUACCGGGCGCUGGCAAAACCGUCCUCCUAUCACACCUGUACCGAGUCUUGUCACAAGACAAGGACUCGCUCGAGCCAGGGUGCAUGUUCACUUAUUACUACUGCUACUACAAUAGGAGCCAGGAUGAGGCCGUUCCACUACUAAAAUGGAUCAUCUCCGAGAUCUGCUACGCAAGCCCCUCCAUACCGUCCAAGGUCUUGGAUAUGUGCAAGCGGGGUCGGCGUGCGUCAGUCUCCCAGCUUCUCAAUAUCCUAGAGAUGGCAAUCAUGGGUGUACAGCGGGCAUAUGUCUUUGUGGACGCCCUCGAUGAAAGCAAGCCUCGAGAUGGUAUUCUUCGCGUCCUGCGGGAUCUCGUAACGGAUGCUCGGUUCAGCAAGAUACAUAUCCUGGCGACUAGUCGCGAGUAUGUGGAGAUUGAAGAAACGAUGGCUCCCAUCUCGCGCAAGAUAUCGAUGAAAAGCUGGCUGCUGGACGAGGCCCUCGAAGUAUAUAUUCGCUCGCAGCUUUCGAAGCACCGUAUUCUCAAGCUCUGGUCCAAGGAUCUUCAGGAGGAGGUCUACAAGGCCCUGGCAGACAAUGCAAAUGGAAUCCGCCUGAGAUACGACCGAAAUGUCAUAGUCAACGCGCUCGCCUCCUUGCCGGUAACUCUCGAUGAAACGUACGAGCGCCUGUUCUUGGAAAUACCCGCAGACGCUCGCCUCACUGUCCAUUUCACACUUCAGUGGAUCUAUCUUUGGAACAAGCGGAAUCCUCAUGCUCAUACUCAAUUCCCGCGUGACGCGCUCAACUCCAUCAUACACCACAGUGUGUUGCGUCACGGCGAUGGUGUUGCUCACCUCGACUACAACGAUCGGGCGAUACUGGAGUUCUGUGGUUGUCUAGUGACGCAAAACAGCUCUGGUCAUGAUACCCUGUCCCUCGCCCACUAUACUGUGUGGGAAUUUCUCGUCUCUCCCCGCAUCAAGGUCGGAACCGCAGCUUCAUUCUACGUCGACGAGAUCCAAGCCGACAGAAUUGCGGUCCGUACCGCGUUGGAGGUGUGUGCCGACGAAGAGAUUGUUCCUAAGACUAACCAGGAAAUGGACGCCCUCAUUCACACGGCUUGGAACCACGAUUACAGUUGCAUACUGAGCGUCUGUGCAUUCUUCUUCGUAGAUGUUAUCGAGGAUGGAUGGCGGAGACCCCGGGAGAUCUUCGACAUUUUGGAGGAAUCUGAAUCACUGGUGGCCAAGCUCUUGGACGCCUCAAAGCCUCUAUUCAAGAGAUUCGAAUUAUACUUCCGCUGUCGCGGUCUCGUGGCUCGCCAGAAAUUUACGGAUUUAGGCCUCCAGCCCUGCUUGUGGCACCACCGACGCAUUUCGCCGUAUCCGGGCGACAGAGUGCAAACUCUCAUCAAUUGCAUGGGCUUUUUGGUGAUGAUGGGUGAUAAAUAUGUUGGGACGAAGAACUUCUUCAACGAGAUGCCGCAAAACACAGACGUCUUUGAAGUCCAGAUCGCGGUGGAAAUUCCCUUCCGGCGCCCGAUCAUGCCCGGCUUCGAAUCCAUACAAUUGCGCGGAAGUGUGCUCAAUAUCGUGUCCUUUUGGCUGUCGAGCCUUCCCUGCUGGGAGACUUGGUUCGAUGCCCUGUCCAAGACGUUCGACCUGACCAAGCAACUCCAGAUGGUUGUCGGUCAUCACGGAUACAGUGAUUGCCGCAUCUGUGCCAAGGACAAAGAGUGCGGCUUUCUGGAGCAGAUCCUAAGCCUGCGAGAGCCACGUCUCUGGCCGAGGAGCUCCGUUACGCUCUUACAGAUUGCCGUGGGCAACCGGGACCCGAUCGCCGUCAAGCAUCUACUGAGAGCCGGAGCGGAUCCCAACGAGACCGGCGAUUGUUCAGAGCCUCUCCUAGAGAAGGGCGCUUUCUUCGCGACAUUCGAUCACUUGCACGGCCUGAGCCCGUUGUAUAUCCUGCGCAAGGUUGACAUAGUAUACACAAUUACUCAUCUGCCCGAGCAUCGGUUUUCGAGGGACAGCGCGCAUAGAAAGGGAUUGGGCCCCGAGAUCGAGGCAUACUUGUUGCAUGCAGGCGCAACUGAGUUCAAGAGGCACUGCUCCGCCUCUUGUCUUGCAUGUGAUGGGAAAUCAGUUCAGAAAGAAGUACAAGAACAUUCCUAA